AAAUAAAACAGUUUGAAUAUUUAAUUAAUUAACAUAAAAACUAGAGCAAAAAGGAGUUAUCAUAGGAUUAAAAAAAAAAUAAAUAAAUAAAAGUUAAUAAAUAAAUAAAAAAUCACCGACGACAAAACGAGACAAGAAAAAAUUUAGUAGAAAAGACAAAAAAAAGAACGUUGUUGGUGUUAGUAACCACAAUCACACAGAAAACAAAUAAAAUAAAAAUUACAACUAAAGACCUUUAGCUACGCACGAACAAUCGAACACACACACGCUCACUAAAAACAAAUACAAACAACCAAUAGCGUCGAGCGUCGACAUAAUUGGUUUAGCGAACCAAUCAAACACAUAAAAUUUAUUAGCGAUAAUCAAAGAAAAAAAAAACAACAAAAACGAGUGUAAAGCACGAUUGUAGGAAAAACGAGUUUAGCAUCUCAAAAUGAAGAAAAGUUCGACAGCAACGACGACAAUGUCACUACCAACUAGUCCGACCAUUUCGGCGCACACCAUAACCGGCAGUAAGAUAAGUUUAAGUAGCACAAAGACAGCUACUUCGGGUCGUUCCAGUCGUUCGAGCAUGCAAUCGCCACAAAAGAAGAAGAAGAGCGAUCUUGAAUUGGAAACGAUAUUGGAGAAGGCGAAAUUUUAUACAUCGUUGUGCCUUGGAACCACUGCAAUACUGUCGGUUUUUGCCUUUCUCUUUUUAAUACCCUUCGUUGUGGAUCCGGCAAUAUCAACAAUAAUCGCAGAUUAUGAUCCUGUGCCAGUCACAUGUGUUGUCAUUGAUCAUGUCUAUGCGGAGGGCAUAAGAAAUUGUUCGUGGAGUUCAUGCCGAGAGGGCUGUACGUCAUCACUCACCAAACUUCAUUCCACUUACAGGUGCCAUCAGUUAUAUGUGAACUACACGCGCAUACCAUACAGCGAAUGGGAGAAGAAUCCUCAAGAGUUGGAUAAGGUGCAAUGGGAUGUCAGUUAUACGAAAUUUCUUAUCAAUUCCGAGGGCUGCGGUUAUCCGCCCACAACGAAUUGCAGUGUCUUUGCGCGCCAAUAUGGUUACUCUCACAUUGGCGAACCAUUCCCCUGUUAUUACAGUCGUGCCUACCCGGAAGUGGUGAUCGGUCGCUACUCGUGGGAGAAUAAUUUAUAUCAUCUCGUUUUAUCGCUUAUCAUACCGAAUGUGCUAUUCGCCAUAUCGAUUGGUGUGCUCAGCUAUUGGUAUUGCCCCUGUUGUGACAAAGCAUGCAAUAAAUCAUCACGAGUCUAUGCGGAGAAGUUCCCCUCGAAGGAAGAGAUUGUUAACUGCAUGAAUUGCAAACCGGAGAAAACGUUAUCCCUCAGUAAUUUUUAAGCGAAAUAAAGAAAAUAUCAAAGCAAGUGCCUGUUUGAACCGUUUGAAAAAAAAAAGAAAAAACACUUAUUAUUAAUUGUUAAACAAUAACUUCGAAGAGGUUUUUAAACAUACAAUUUUUUGCAAAUUAUUGCUCUGAAAAUAUAUAAAUAGUAAAUCAUUUAGAUUCCUUUUUCUAAUAACAAUUUGCGCACCAUUUUUUGUAAUUCCUAGUAAAUCUCUUAGUACUGUUGGUGAAUUCAAUUAUAUACCGCUAGUUUCGAAUGUAUUAAUACUUGUAUAUAGUUGGUUAAAAAGCACUUAAAAGCCGCGCACAUACUCUUUCUAGUCUUUCUAGUAGACAUUUAAAUGAAAAAUAUGUAGUAAAAAUAAAAGUUAAAAAAAAAAACAAAUAAAUAAUGAAAAAAAUUUAAGGUGUAGUAAACCCAAUAACUUUGUUGCGGUGGCUUCAAAAUCACUAAAAUAACUCUGGAGCCCCUUACAAAAAAGUAAAUCCAUAAUUUUACACAGUAACUAGUUAGCUGAAGUUGGAAAAUUUAUUAUUGAAAAAAGAAACCCUAGAGUUGUCACUUCGAUCGCUCUUGCUACUAUCCUUCCCAGAAAAUUGCGUGAAAGUUCUCUUUAUAUAUAUUUUUAAAUAUAUUGUGCCGCUCUAUACUUACUUUAAAGAUUUUUUGUCUCGCUCCAUACUCAGUGAUAUCAAAAACAAAUACAAAUAUCCACUUUUGAUUCACCUACACGUAUACUGGCCUCGUUCAUUCCACUACUGACAAUCACUCUUUUCUCAUCUGAAAUUGAAAUGCACUUUGUAUCUAUACCAGCUUCGAAGGAAGGAAGGAAGUUAGGUUAGGUUACUCGUCGUUCAAAGUCCUUUUUAGUCCAAGAUGACGUUUCAAUCUUGUUCUAGGUGGAAUUAUCGUCAUGUAUGUGGCUUGUAAACGCUUUUUGUGAGAACGCUGAUAACUAGCUUUGUGACUUUAACGGAAAAGAUGAUCUAAUGUUUCGCUCAUGUUUGCCUCCUUUCAUUUUCUACCUUUAACCAAUAAGUUUUGAAUUGUGUUAAGGUCUAGAACCAUUAAGCAUUCUAUAGUCCUUUCGAGAUCCCGUCAGCUGACUUUGAAUGACUUUCGCGGUCAUUUAGGCUGUUGGGCUAUCAAUAAUAUUCAUAAAAAAUAUUAAUAUUUCUUAGAA